AAGAGGUGCUGGAACUGCUGGCCCCAGGUUUCCAGCGCCAGCUCCGUCUCGUGCUCCCACCGGAGAAAAAACCUGCGCCGCCGGCCCCCCUCCGACCUCUAUCUCCGAGAUCCGCCCCGGACUGCUCCCUAACAACAAGGUCCCCCUCCCCAUCCCCCCUCCGACUGCCUCCUUCGCCGAGAUCCGCCUCCUCCCCGACGGCAAGGUUGGCGAUCGAGGUCGUCUCCCCUGCGCUGUGGACGAGCUGAACCGCCGGUCGCAGUCCUCGCCCCCUCUGCGUCUCCAGCAACGUCCUCCCGCUCGCCGCCGUCAGCCGCCUGCCCCUCUCCUUCCUCCGCAGCGACAACACCUGCUCAAGGUGACUCUAGUCCGUUUGUGAACAAACUAUGGGGUCAUACUCGGCGGGGAAAGUGCUUGAUGCAGCCACUUCUGAGGUCCAUUACCCAGCUCUUCGUUUGGACAAGCUGGACAUCAAGGGUUCCAUGUCAGGGGAGGAACAACCAACAACAUCAGGCCUGGAGAAUGGGCACCAGGAGCCAUUAAUUAUUGGUGUUGCUGGGGGUUCAGCUUCAGGUAAAAGCACUGUUUGCAAAAUGAUCAUCGAUCAGCUAUGUGAUCAGCGUGUAGUUGUUGUUACUCAGGAGUCAUUUUAUUAUGGACUGUCUGAUGAAGAAUUGGUCCAUGUUAAUGAUUAUAACUUCGAUCAUCCAGAUGCAUUUGAUACCGAUAUGCUACUUUCUUGUAUGGAAAACUUGAAACAUGGCAAAGCUGUUGACAUUCCUAGCUACAACUUCAAAACACAUAAGAGCGUGUCAUGUGCAAGGAAGGUCAAUCCUUCAGAUGUAAUAAUUUUGGAAGGAAUUCUUGUUUUCCAUGAUUCACGUCUCCGGGAUCUAAUGAAUAUGAAGAUCUUUGUUGAUACAGAUGCUGAUGUGCGAUUAACAAGGAGAAUCCGCCGCGAUACCAUUGACAAGGGUAGAGAUAUUCUUGAUGUGUUAGAACAGUACUCAAAGUUUGUUAAGACAGCUUUUGAAGACUUCAUCCUCCCUACGAAGAAGUAUGCUGAUAUUAUCAUUCCAAGAGGUGCAGAUAACAAUGUGGCAAUUGACCUAAUCGUUCAGCAUAUCCGCACUAAACUUGGCCAAAAUGAUCUCUGUAAACUACACCCCAAUUUAUAUGUCAUUCCGACUACUUAUCAGAUACGAGGCAUGCACACAAUAAUACGGGAUGCUGCCACGGCAACACAUGAUUUCAUAUUUUAUGCUGAUCGGUUGAUUCGAUUGGUCGUCGAGCAUGGUCUUGGUCAUCUUCCUUUCAAGGAAAAGCAGGUCAUAACUCCCACUGGAUCUGUCUACACUGGUGUGGAUUUCUCUAGAAGUUUAUGUGGUAUCUCAGUGAUUAGGAGUGGCGAAAGUAUGGAGAAUGCACUGCGGGCAUGCUGUAAAGGUAUAAAGAUUGGGAAGAUACUUAUUCAUAGGGAAGGAGAUGAUGGGAAACAGCUCAUUUAUCACAAUUUACCCAAAGAUAUCGCAAAAAGGCAUGUUCUGUUGCUGGACCCCAUACUGGGAACAGGAAAUUCAGCUGUUCAAGCUAUCUCUCUUCUCUUGGACAAGGGUGUACAAGAAGCAAAUAUUAUAUUCCUCAAUCUUAUAUCAGCUCCUCAAGGUGUCCAUGUAGUUAGCAAGAGAUUCCCAAGGGUCAAGAUUGUGACAUCGGAGAUUGAGCUCGGUCUUAAUGAUGAUUUCCGUGUCAUCCCUGGAAUGGGUGAAUUUGGAGAUAGAUACUUCGGAACAGAUGAUUAUCAGUCAUCAACGCCAUUCUUUGCUGACGACAAAAAUCGUCCAAGGCUUUUGUGAGAAUUGGGCAGUCAUGCCAAGUCGUCCUGCCUGCGAUGUUAUCCAAAUAGCUCUGAGAAGUUUAUUUUUACAUUUCUGAUCUCGCAGAUGCCCAUAUCAUUUCGUUCAUACCGGAAACUGUAUAUCAUGAGAACAUUACAGACUGUCAUCCUCAAACAUAAAUGUAACAAUCCCAUAUUUCUGUUGUACCCAAAUCAAUCUCUUCUCCUGGCUCUGUUCAUACAGGAUUCUGUAUAAUCUUGCUCACAAUUUUUUUUCACAUCUA